UAUCAGUCCAAUCCAACAGCAACGCCCAACUGCCAUGUGGUAAAAGAUACACCCUCCAUGAAGCUCGAAGAUAGCCUAAUUUCAUGAUGCCUGCUCCUCUUCCACGAUGUUUCUUUGACAUAGCUAUCAAUGGAGUGGCAACUGGGCGGGUUGUGUUUGAGUUAUAUAGUAAUGUGGUUCCCAAGACAACGGAGAACUUUCGGUGUCUGUGUACGGGUGAGAGGGGGGAGGGCAAGAGCACGUUCAAGCCACUACACUACAAGGGCACACCCAUCCACCGUAUAGUGAAGGGAUUCAUUGUACAGGGAGGAGACUUCAGCUGCGGUGAUGGAACGGGUGGGGAGUCCAUCUAUGGUGGCAUGUUCAAGGAUGAGGCGUUCCAGCACAAACACGAGAAACCAUUCCUGCUCUCAAUGGCCAACAAGGGACCCAACACCAACGGAUCUCAGUUCUUCAUUACCACUCGUCCUGCCCCCCACCUUGACGGCAUUCACGUGGUGUUUGGUCAUGUGAUCAGUGGAGUACAGUUUGUGACAGAGAUGGAGAAUCAGAAGGUGGACACGAACCAUCGACCCUACGCUGACGUCAGGAUUGUCAACUCAGGGGAGCUGGUACGAGUCUCUAAAGCUAAGAAGGUCAAGAAGAGAGCAGUGGUGGAGUUGUCAGCAGAGUCUACCAGUCAUGAUGAGUCAUCCUCUGAGAUUGAGAGUGAAGAGAGCUCCAGCGAUGAGAGGAGCAAGAGACGUAAGAAACACAAGAAGGGGAAGGUCGUAAAUAAAGAGAAAAGAAAGAAGAGGCGAAGGGAGAAGAAAUUGAAAACGAAAAAGAAAAAGAAGCCUCCACAGUCUGACUCUGACUCAGAGGAGAGCUCUGUGUUGUCAGGUGAUGAUCAUGUGACCUCCACGAUGGUUGAUGAGGAGGAGCCUCCCCUUCCUCCCGAACUAGAGGAUGAAGCUAACAAGUCGUGGCUAUACCGGCGCAGUAGGACGCCCUCACCCGUCAGGGAGGAGAGAAAGAAAGAUACGAAUUUAACAACAACAAGAAGAGUGGAGAAAGUGUACAAGCCCAGGAAGAAGCACCAGGUGUCCCAGUCUGGUAGGAAGCUGAAGGGCAGAGGGCUCAUGCGCUACAAGACUCCCCCAAAGCAGUUUGACUCACAGCAGAGAGAACCAUGGGAACGCAGAGGAUAUCGGUCAACAUGGAGACGGUCCCGUUCCAGAUCCAAGGAUAGACGAUCCCGUUCCAGAUCCAGAGAUCGAUAUUCCCGUUCCAGAUCCAGAGAUCGACAGAGGAAGUACUCUCAUAGCCCGCACAGAAGACGUAGUCCGGACACAAAUAUAUCUCGCCAUCGAGACAAUUCUGACAUGCUAGAGACUGGAAACCGUACGUCUAAGUCAAGGGAAAGAGAUGAUACUUCACGAGAGAGGAGGCGGCGCUAUCGUGGUGGAUCUGUUAGCGGUGAUUCGCCUGACAGAUCUCGAAGGAGACGCAGCUCUCCAGAUCGUAGAUCACCGCGACGUGAGCGUAGGAAUAGGAGGCGAAGUCGAUCGAGGUCUGAAGAACGACAAGAAGUUGCGUCCAAAUGGGCACGACAUCGCGACAGUGCACAGAGCUCGUCGGACGAAGAAGACGAAGGAUUAGAGAGGGCGUUUCAAAGAGGAAUAGAAGAAGAGGAUUUGUUUGGACUGGCCAAGCUCUCAGAGGAGAUGAUUCACUGAAUAUUCUCACCAUUGUUAUACACGUACAUGUGAUAUGAUGUGUACACUACACGUAUUUACCCUUAUCCUUUUGUACAUGUAUACAAGAAAUUAAUUGCUGGCUGUUAGA